AUGAAGACUCGAGGCCGAGGUUCCUCUUCCAAGUCCGUGAAAUCUCAGCAGGAGACACUUCCUGUAUCUGUUCCCACUGCCACUCCUUCGGUCCCAGCAUCAAUUCCUGCUGUCUCUCCUACUCCAGGCCGUCAUUCUAAAACCUCAGCAAGAAAGAAGGUUCUUGCUCUUUCGGGUCCUAUCAGUUCAUCUGUUCUUGGUGCUUCUAGCAAAGGAGUUACGUUCCCGAAUUUGGAUGCUGAGCAAAUUCCUGCCUCGACGGUUUCACUCGCCUCUCCCAAAGAUCAAAUAAAAGUCAAACCGGCCUUGGCAACUAGUCAGUCCAAAUCAAUUUCUACUGAAGAUGUGUCUGCUCCAUCUGAUCAUGACUCUGAAUCCUCACUAUCUCCUGAUGUGUUGACACCCAAGGCAAAGGGCAAACGUAAGUCCAAAGUUGUUGAGUCGAAGAAAGGGAAAAAGGCCAAAGUGACUAAAUCUAAAGGUACCAGUUCCAUCUCUGAUUCAUCUCCUUUAUCUCGUUUUAAAUUAAAGGCCAAAAUCAAUCCUCCCCCAUGCACCUCAUCGGAGGAUGUCUCUCCCGAGACGGAAGACUCUCAGCCUGAGUUGGAUCCUUCUUUGACCGAGCCCAAUCCUGAAGUACCUCUUGAUAAUUUGGCUGAGGAGACUGACUCUGAAGAAGACCCAUCUGAAGCCUCUCCAGUUGCAUCGGACCCAAAAGGCACCACUCCUUUGGCUUUUCCUGAAUUGUCGUCCAAACUUGCUAAGCAAAAAGGUGCUCCUGCUCGUACCUCAGGUUCUUUCAAAGCUCACUCUAUUACAUUCUGUUUUAAUGAUAAUGAGAAGAACAUGCAAUUCUAUGACCAUCGCCAUUUUAUUAGUGAGCGAAAUUUUCUUUUUGCUCCUCAUCGUGUUGUUAAUGAAUUCUAUGCAAAUUUGAAUGAUGAAUUAUUAGACCAAUCUUCUUUCAUGUUUCAUAAAGUUUAUGUUAGGGGUCAUUGGUACAAUUUUAGCCCGUCCGAAAUUACUAAGGCUCUCAAUCUCGUCCCUGUGGAGAUUGAUGAUUCUAUUGAGUUUGCAAAGGAUCAAGUUUUGUCUGAACUGAAGUCCCAUGAGACCUUGACUACUCCUUUGGUUGGUCCAACCUAUACUGUCAAAGAUGAUCAUGCUCCGUCCACUGCUCGAAAAGUCAAAGGAAUUAAUCUGGCUAGUCCUGCUUCUGGCAAUGUUGUUACUGACACUCCUGCUGUCCCGACUGAUCUUGGUGCUGUCCAGACAGGAAUCACAAGUCUUUCUGUCCGGUUCUCACUCAUGGAGGAAACUCAGCGCCAAAUUCUUGCUUCAUUGACCACUCUCCAUGCAUCCAGCUCUCCUGCCCCAUGA